UGACAUUCAUCUAAUCAAUGUUCUUCGAUCUGUUGUGGAUUUUGAUGGCCACUGUCAUGUCGAUUGAAGAAGGUUCUACUACCAUGACUACUACUACUCAGCUUGGGUUUCGCAACUAUGUUCCGAAAGACGAAGAACUUAAAAAGGUGUUACGAAAAUUCGUUGACCCUGACGAAAUAGUUGUAAAAGUAACCAAGGAACAAGGUUACAUUGCCCAACAAGAAAUCAACGAAUUUGAAAAAAAAAGAAAGGAUAAUGUCAGCCUUCUCAUACCACAAGUGAGUAAUUUGGACUUGAAAAAGAAAGUGGAGAGAAAACUAGAAACCCUGGAGAAAAGGACCCAAAGUUCUGUUUUAUCUAUGGUUCGUGAGAAGUUAAAGCAAGAAGAAGAGGAUUCCAAGUCUGAGAAUGAACAAGGGCAUUCGAAACACGCACAAAGUGGGGUUGCCUUGUGGAGGGCUAUAGAUUCAGUUGAAAGUUCACACUUCGAUGAUGACGAACGUUGGGAUUAAUGUGUAUUAUAUAGAGGUGAAGGAGUUUAUGGUAAACAACUAAUUAUUAUCGUGUGCGUCAGGAACUUUGAUUGUCGCCUUCUGCCGACCAAUUGUAGUUACUAUAUCCUUUUGCUAUAAAAUUGUGAUUAAAGUCAACCAUUUUGAAUAAAUUGCUUAUUUCAGUU